CCUUGGAGGAGAAGCAAUCGCACCAUAAUCCUUGCCAAUCGUUGAGCGCGACGAAAUAUCGACUCUCAGAGCGAUCCUUCCACUUUGCGACAGCCCUGCGCUUCAGCUCGACCUUGGAGCUCCUCUCCCGCAAACUACCCCGGCUUUUACACAUCCUUCGAACAACACCUGUCCCCUUCCUCGACCGGCAAUGGAGGAGGGGCCCCAGAUUCUCCCGCCGCCGACUCUCGAGCCGAUCUCUCGGCCGAGCUCUGCCUCUACUGCAGCAUCGGCAUCGUUGACGCAGCUGCCCGGCAUAUCGUCCCUGGCGGCCGUGAGCGCGGCGACCGCUUCGCCACAGUCAAGACCGUCUAACGGACCGCUGCCCACGAUGUAUACCGGUGCGUCGCCCGCCGCCACGAGUGGGGGUUCUGGAGGGAACUUGCCUACCUGCCAGAAUUGCGCGACCUCCACGACACCACUAUGGCGUCGCGACGAGUUUGGUUCCGUCCUCUGCAAUGCCUGCGGCUUGUUCCUCAAGUUGCACGGCCGCCCUCGGCCUAUCUCUCUCAAGACUGACGUUAUCAAGAGUCGCAAUCGCGUCAAGACGAUGCGACCAGAUCUCGUGCCGAAGAAAAAGCAGCAGCAGCAGCAGCAGCAGCACCAACAACAAGCCCAGAACUUCCCCGUCGCAACUGAUCACAAUCGGCUCGAUCUCUCCGGUCAGAAUGCGAAUGCGCAUGCUGCCCAGGCUGCGCGACGUGCCUCGCAACGGUCUGCAAAUGGACAUAAUGAUGGAUCCGACUCGCCGAUUUCGCGCACUGGCACGCCAUCGAUGUACAACCACAGCCUGCCUUCCUUCAUGGUUGACGAUCCGUAUCAAUCCAACGCCGUGGGUUUCGCUGCUGCUACAAACGCGGAGGGACGCGCCGCAUCUCCACUGAACGGGGACCGCAAUCCCGAUGCGCCCCAGACACAGGAGCAGCUUAUCGCGCACAACUCUAGUCUUAAGACGAGAGUGAGCGAGCUGGAGCUGAUUAAUGAGCUCUUCCGUGGCCGCCUAGGCCAGCUUGAGAAGCAAGAGGCCGCUGCGAGAAGAGGACAGGAAGUCGCCGGUAUCGAGCAGACCCAACUGCGCGCGCAGCUCGAGGCAGCACAGGAUAGCGAAGCUAAACUUCGCGCUCAGCUUGAAGAUAGCCACAGGAGAGAGAACAGUCUGAAGCGACGCCUUGACGACCUUGAACUUGAGUUGAAGGACGCCAAGGACGCCGCCGAAGCUGCAAACGAGCGACCUUCCAAGAGGGCCCGUCUCGCUGAGCCAACUCUCAAAUCGGAGGAUGCCCCUGAAGUCCCAGUUGCUGCCCAAACCCCUGCAGCCCCUGCAGCUACCGAGCCUUCUGAGGCUCCGGAAGCAUCUAGCACCGAAGCACCCAGCGCUCCCGAGGCGACUGAUACACCAAAGGCUGUUGAAGCCCCCGAAGCCCCCGAGGCCAUCAAGGCAACUGAGUCCACGGAAGUCUCCGCUGCAGCAUAAGAGCUAUGCCAUUGCUUGUCAUAUUUUGGGAGACGG